AUUCAUUAUAAAUUUGACUUUUUAUUUUUAUUUUUUUUUUUUCUUUUUAAAUUUACAUUUGCCAUAUAAAUAAAUAUAUAUUUUUUCAAUAUAUAUCAUAUACAUAUAUACAUAUUAUAAUCUGCUAAUGGCAAACGAUUGGAUUACAAUCUUUGACAAUACACAAGAAGCAAGAGUAGUUUAUGUCUCAGAAAGCAUCACGGAUUACACUGGUUGGGAGCCUGAAGAUGUAAUCGGCAGAGAAGCCUAUGAACUCUUUCACCCUGGUGACCACAAUAGUCUUCGUAAGGUUCAUUUAGUUAAUAAGGACGGUUCCUAUAUUAAGAUCGAAACUAUCGUUCACUACUGUCAUGACGUCAUUAUUGGUUGUAAUUUUCUGUACGAUAGUGAUAGUUUGGAUCACAAAGCACGAGUAAACUCAGUAGAUGAAAUCUUUAUUUGUCAUCCUGAUGGUUCACUUCAAUUGGCGGGGGCCUGGAACAACCGUCAAGAGGAUAUUUCGUUAUCCCUAGAAAAGGUUUGGAAUAGAAAGAAUCAUCAAAUUAUUUUGAAUCAGGAACGCCGGUUUUGUCUGAUCUUGAAUAGAUUUGCGGAGGCUCUUAAUAUUGUUUUAUGCUUCCAAACCGUCAAUAAGACCAUUGGAACACCCCUUUUAAAUUUUGUACAGGAGAAUGAUUUACCAUCACUUUUGACUCAAACUAAUUAG